UGAAGUAUAUUCUACUGUACAUCGAAUGUACGUGACGGCCUUAUGACGCUACAGAUAUCGUAGACAGGAUAUGCAAUCGCGUCUGCAUCUGUCCGUGGUAGGCAAGGGAUUAUGGAAGCACUCGAUUCAUUCUACUCACUACUCUGACAUCUCAGUUACUUUCCAGGUCUUAAACAUUGCCGUCGCUCUGGUCUGACAGCACAACGGAAGAGGGAAGCGGAUCGGGGUCACAAUUCGUGUGGCUCCCUGUACUACCCUAUGAUCCACGAUCAAUGGUCGUACACGUACAGCUAAGCCUAGCUUUUGCGAUGGACACAUCGAAUACAGGGCCGAACGUAUUUAAAGUGCAAUAGCUUCCCAUUUUUCCCCAUCGCACCUCAAAAGACUUCAGUACAUAGUUGAAUAUGUCGCUCAAGCUCAUCCGUGUCCUCUCCGGCCUCGUCGCUGUCGCAAUGACUGCUGUCCCCGCUGCUUCUAACGAGCUAGCGGCCCGGUCGACGGACGCUAGCACUACAUGUGAUACCGAUUCAGCUAUCCCGUUCUACCGUUGCGCUCGCCCCCAGUCGGAUCACUUCUACACCGUCAAUUACAACGAGAUGCAAACUUCCGUUGAUGAGGGAAGUGUCUUCGAAGGCAAUAUGGGUCUCGUCUUCAGGAGUCCGACCGCGAACACCACUCUCUUCUACCGCCUCUACAACGUUGGCGCAACCGACCACUUCUACACUACCAAUCAGGGGGAGGCCGACGUGACGAUCCAGCUUGACGGCUACACCACUGAAGGCACGGCAGCCUACGUUUACUCGGAUCAGAUCUGCGGCAGCAUCCCAUUGUACCGCCUGUAUGCCCCGGGCGACCAGGACCAUUUCUACACGACAAACGAGACGGAGAGGGACUCCGCCGUAGCUUAUGCAGGGUACAUCUAUGAAGGGAUCGCUUGCUAUGUCUUGCCGAACCUCUGA